AUGAAGCUGAUUGUUUUGUACCUUCUUGCAGUUUGCUGCUAUUCUCUGGCCAACACAUCGCAACAAACGAUUGAGCAGAGAAAAUUAAAAGAAAUCUUGAAGGACUUGAAUGGAGUGCAAAGGAGCCUGCAGCACAGUACGAUGAUGCUCAAUACUCCACAGAAUAUUGGGGACCACUGCUCUGUGUCAGCCUUAGAAUGCUUUCAGGAAGAGUUGGAGGAUCACUUUAACAUGAGCAAAUCAGAAGACAGAACGCAAAAAAAAUUUUUCAGGAGCCUUGGGCGUCAAAUUACUGUGAGCGCAGUGAAACUUGGUGAACAAGGAUCUGCAGCGUCCAACUGCACAAAGUGCAACGAAUAUCCGAAGGAAAAUGUGGCGCAAUUUUUCGAGAAAAUGAAGUCUCUUAUUCAAAUGGCCCUAGCCAGACUGAACUGAGAAGAGAGGAAGGUCUACUUGUGAUCCGAGGAUUGAAUGUAGAGAAGACACUACGCUGAAAAGAUGCUAAACAUGGCAAAGUCUGCAUGUUGUAGCCUUCUAAAUAUUUAACUUAUUUAAUAUUUAUUUAGACAGUGGUGGUGAACCCACUCAAGCUAAGAAUAUAUUCUCAGGACAGCUGCUUUUCUGCCACCCGGUGGACUUGGCAGUUCCUUUUAGUUUUUUCACUGAUUGUGAAAGUUAAUUUAUAUAUUGUAGUUCUCAAAGAAUAUAAGGUAUUUAAUGACAUUUAUACUAUGUAUGACAUGUGUUGGUACAUGAAUACUUUCAUUUAAUAAUUGUAACCAUUUAAAAAUAUUAAAUAUAUUAAAACUAAGGUUUUGGUUUUCUUGGUUUAUUUGUAGUACAAUAGAUCUUUUUUCUAACCCAUCCAUAGGUGGAUACUCCAUCACUCAAAGUCCUUAAUCUAAGAUUUAAACUUUAAUCUAAGAAGUAAAUACUAUGCAAGACAGCAAAGGGGAAAAAGUCUAUCAUUUCUAAAAAAUACAAAUUCUUGUGCUAAAUUAAAUCAGAUAGAUAUACUGUUCUCCAUUUUCAGCAGUAGGUGGCAAUAUGAAACCUUCCACCUGAUACUGAGCACACUGCACAAGAGCAAAAUUGUGUUUACACUUGGGCUUAAACAUAGUUUUAUUUUACAUUGUUAUAUUUUCCUCAUUUAAAACCACGUAUGGGUUUGCCAAAUAGAUACAGAUGGGUGACGAAUUGAAGGAAAAACCAACAUAAAGGGUCUUAUUAAGGUGUUGGGCCACCACAUGCCGC